UGUAUGCACGCACAGGGGCAGGGAAAAGUGCGAGGCAGGGGACAGCGAGAAGAAAAAAACAAAACAAAAAAAAAAAAAAAAAACAGAAGCAGCUUCUGUUUUUUUUUCUUUCAAACGCAUUCCCGCUGCAUCAUUACAAGCCAACAGGAACCCUAGCUCAUAAAAACCUGCGUUGUGUGUGCAUACACACACUCUGGCACACGCAGUCGAGAAGGAUCAACUCACAGCUUCUCCCGUGGCACCUGGAACACUUGCGCACAGAAGGUGGACGUGAGAAGGAGGGAGGUCUACUGUAAGAUCACCUGGAGCAGGUGGAGGAGAACCAGUCACAGCUAUCAUCUGACUCCCUCGUGGGGAACCUGACCUGCCUGAUGUCAAACGAGGAGUGCCGUUCGCCCAUCGGUCUGGACUGCUGCAGCUGCUGUCUGGAUCUGGCCAAUGGCUGCGAACCUGAGCCGGGCCAAGCUGGCCACACGAGCCUGGGCAGUCCUACGUCAGUCAACCACUUCAGACAGCUCCGAGACCAGCUUCACUUUCAGAACCUAAACAGAGAUAAGCUCAACAACAUCAUGAGACAGGACUCGCUGGAGUCGGUGGUCCGGGACCCCUGUUACCUUCUCAACGAGGGCAUCUGCAACAGCAACAUCGACCAAACCAUGCUGUCCAUACUGUUGUUCUUCCACAGUGCCUCUGGCGCAAGCGUUGUGGCAAUUGACAACAAGAUCGAACAAGCAAUGGAUCUUGUGAAGAACCACUUAAUGUAUGCAGUCAGAGAAGAAGUGGAGAUCUUGAAGGAGCAGAUCAAGGAGCUGGCAGAGAAAAACAACCAGUUGGAGCGUGAGAACAGCCUGCUGAAGAACCUGGCGAGCCCAGAGCAGCUGGAGAAGUUUCAGUCACGUCUGCCCUCAGACUCCGGCCUCCCCCUGGAGCCUCAGGAGCUGAGCUCCCCCGAGGAUGGCGACCACCAGUACAACAGCACGGGAUCUGCUGUAUAAGUGGCUCUGCCAUGGGGCGGGCAGAGCCACAGCUCUCACCUGAAAUGGACCUCCAGAUAUGCAACUUCAAGAUGAAGCUGGCUGUACAGAUGAAACCUGACCUGAAAUGAAAGCAUUACGACGUACCAGUGGCCAAGUUCUGUAAUAUCCGACAAUCUCUUCGGACUAACAUGGAAAAGAGAGAGUGAUGUAGACGUCCAAGGUUACUGUACAACGGGACUGACGUGCCCCUUGCUUGGAAGGGGGUCAGCCUUGCUUUCCUUUGGUCCCUCUCACGAAGAGACGGAGAGGGGUUUGCCUGAUGGAGCUGGCCGAGAGCACAUCUUCGGCCUAUCCCAGUCAAGCCAAGGAAAUGUACGUCCCUACGAGAUGCCCCCACAGUCUCACGACGCUAGCUAUACGGGACUCACGUUCCUGCCCUCCGUGUCAUUGUUCCCUAGUACUGUGGACAUUCUUAGCUCCUGUAGUUAAGGACGCUUGAGACGGACCUGUACGGAGCACUGGUCCUCUCGUUCACAGCGGUGACUCCUGCCAUAUGAUUUGUAUAGCAUCGCUUGUAUCUCUGCAGAUGGGGCCUGCUGCUUAUGGGGAUUAUUGCUUGUUUGUGUUUGAAACGGAACAAAAUCAACUUGUUUAUAUGGGCUGUGUGUAAAAAUGAUUUUUUUUUUCUUUUUGUGGGAAUGAAAAUCUGUAUACAUUUGCAUAGUUCUGUAAAUUAGCAACUGAUGUAAAGCGAAAUGAUCUGAAACGGACUGAGAUGAGAGGUGGAUAAUGUUGCUGCAAAUGUUCUGCUGACAUGUCCAACGUGUGUUCUGUUGACCUUCUCUGCCAACCAACUAACAAGCACGAUGGUGUCUGAAGAAGGCCACAUGUUUUUCAAUGAACUUUGUGUUUUCUAACCACCAAAGACUUGCCUAAUACUCACAAGCCAACAGGACCAUGUGUAACUUUUCACAGGGAAAAGUUUUUGACAGCAGUCUUUUUGAAACAUGGGUAUUGUUGCUCCAUUGUGUCCAUGGUAUUUGUUUUUUUAUUUUUAAUGAUUUAUGGAUGCAAAAUGCACAUUGCAAUAAACCUUAUGUUUACACUAAA